AUGCAAAAGAAUCCAACUCAUGCAGAUUCUUUGCAAAUUCGUGUAAAAGGCGGUCAAGGCGGUGAUGGUUGUGUGGCAUUUGCACGAGAAAAGUUCAAUCCUUAUGGUCCACCUUCCGGAUCAGAUGGAGGAAAUGGAGGUGGGAUUGCGAUACAAGCAGAUCCUUCUAUGCAAUCACUCGCACGGAUACCGGGACAAUUUAUCGGAGAUAGAGGCGAACAUGGCUCGGGAGAUUGGCAGGCUGGAAAGCAAGGGAUGGAUAAAAUCAUUUACGUUCCAAUAGGAACGGUAGUGCAAAUCGUUCCAACUGAAGUGGCCGAAGAGCACAAUAGGAAACAGUAUGAGGCUCUCCUCAAACGUAAGUUCAGAUCAGCAUACAUGCGAAAACGUCGAGUCAAAAUGCCACAAGUGCAAGAUGUUGAUGGAGAAGACUUUACACCAGAACAAUUGCGGGAACAGAGAGAUUCUGAAGUGGAAGAAGAGGAAGCAGACGACGAGUACGAGGAUCUCACAAAGCGGGAAAAGAAGCAACAAAAAUUCAUCGACAUUGAUGAGGUAGCCGACUCUGAGUCGGAUAUUCGGGCUUUGGGUCGAUCAUUCAGGGAAGCAGAGCGACGUCUUGCGUUUCGACUGCUAGAUGCAGAUGUCGCACAACAAGAAAUUGGAGAUACGGAUGUGAUCUCAUUCGACAUCACACAAGAAAUGGAUACACCAAAGACAAUCGUUGCUGGAGGCAAAGGAGGUUUGGGAAAUGCAUAUUUUGCCUCUUCUGCCAAGAAUCGAAGUCCAACUCUAGCCACCAGAGGUUCAUCAGGUGAAGAAGCAAUCGUGCAUCUCGAAUGGAAAUUCAAAGGAGAUGUCGGAUUGAUCGGAUUACCAAACGCCGGCAAAAGUACAUUCCUCAAGUCCGUUUGUGCUACGGGAGAUAAUGUUCGCAUUGCCAAUUACGCCUUUACCACUUUGACACCCAAUGUUGGUGUGGUACGACUGGGAGAGCAGAGUUUGUUGGGGAUCGACGAAGGGCCGAUUGUAGAGACACAAGAAGAGACAGAUGUCACACAGAAAAAGCCUGUCAGAUCUCGCUUUGGCUCUGAUGAAACAUCUCGAUUUAUCUUGCAAGACUUACCCGGUUUGGUGGAGGGCGCCUCCGACAACAGAGGAUUGGGACACGAUUUCUUAAAGCAUAUCGAACGUUGCUUAGCAUUGUAUUAUGUCGUUGACGUGAGCAGCACCGCAGAAGCACCUUGGGAUGACGUACGAUUGGUGUUUGACGAAUUGGAAAAGUAUCGAGAAGGAUUAUCGGAAAAAGUACAAGGUAUCGUUGCCAAUAAAUGUGAUGCUCUAGAUGUCGAUGGAGGAGAUGGUGAGGCCAGAACCAAACUUCUCAAGCUAAGGGAAGAGGUGAACACCAUUCACGGUCGCCCUGUCCCGGUUUGGAACGUGAGCGCAAAACAUCGAAUGGGCGUUGAACGUGUUGCCCGUGCAAUGGACAAAGCUGUAAAAGCACAACGAGAAAAAUCAAAGGCACAAUCAAAUGUAUUUUAA